UACCAGAGGGGAGACGUUCACACCGUGGUGUCCAUGCUGCCGGCCAAUCAGGACGGCUCUAAGAAGGACGAGGGCUUCGUGGUCACCAUCGAGAGCGACGGCAGUGCGGUGGUGACACAAAAUGGCGGAGAGCCUUUAGCGUUCGUUUCAGCGGCGGAGGAGGGGUUCGUCCCACAGAUGGAGGUCGCUGAAGGGGGAGAGGAUCAGAUGGCGAUGGAGGCGGGAGAAUCAGAAAACGUGGCUCUGAUCGCUAACAGUGAACAGCUGGAAGCAGGGGAGACCAUGACGUUGAUUUCCCGCGGUGCAGAGGAAGGGGACACGAUGACGGUGGUGACUCACAGCGGGCAGGCGGGGGCUAGCGAGAGUUUAGCGGUGGUUUCGGCAUGUUUGGCGAUGGAGGAGGAGCCUCAAAACGCUGAAGCUACCGUGGGGUUCGUCAUAAACGUCGACCCGGACAAAAUGAGCCUCUCGGAGGACGUCAAACUUUCUUCUUCCUCCCCGACGACGUCUCCUCAGGUGGAAGAAGCACCAGAAGCAGCAGCGCCGCCGACACCGCAGAAACGAAAGAGAGGACGUCCGGCUAAAGUGAAGAAGGAGGAGGUGUUGGAGGAGGUGGAGGAGCUGGCGCCGCUGGAGGAGGAAGAUACGCUGGAGGACGAUGAGAACAACGGAGAGAAACUGGAGUCAGACGAGCCCACCAGGAGGAGGCUGAGGCAGCGCUCCAUCGCUGAGGGCGGGUACGCUCGACUACACAUGGGCCUGGAGGAGGAGGAGGAGGGGAAGAAAGCCUCAACACCCCCACGACCCACAACCCCAAAGGUGGUUUUGAGGCCCGGGAAGAGAGGGAGACCUCCAAAGCACCCGGUGGAUCCUCAGCAGGAUGAAGGAGCUCAGUGUGUGUCUGAGGAGGGGGCGGAGCCACAGGUCAGCGCCACGGAGAGCGAGACGCCGACCCGAGAGCCAAUCACAGAGGAGGCCGGGGAGAAGGAGGCGGAGCCAGAGAGCGUGGGGACGAAGCCGGAGCAGAAAGCAGCUGACGGAGAGCACAGCUGCUCCGAGUGUGGCGCGUCGUUCCAGAGACGCUACGCCCUCAUCAUGCACACGCUCAAACACGAGAAGGCCCGCGGGUACAAGUGCAGCUUGUGCAGUAAGGAGUUCCAGUACGCCGCCUCUCUGCGCGCUCACCUGGCCCGACACAAGCAGCAGAGCAGCCAGCGCGCUCCGGUCAUAAAGCCCCCCGUGGAGCCCCCUGCUGAGAGGGCGGGGGGCGACAGCGACCUGGAGGACAAGACCCAGAGUCCCAACACCAAGAGGGAGUUCGUGUGCGACAUCUGUGGGAAGACCCUCCCCAAACUGUACUCGCUGAGGAUCCACAUGUUGAACCACACCGGCGUUCGACCGCAUUCCUGCAAGGUGUGCGGGAAGACGUUCGCCCACAAGCACAGCCUGAAGAUGCACCGCACGCUGCACGACGUCACCAAGCAGUUCCAGUGCGAGUUCUGCAUGAAGUCCUUCGUCAGCAAGAGGAGCAUGGAGGAGCACACCAGCCUGCACACAGGUGAAUCCAAGUACCUGUGCAACACGUGUGGAGCGACGUUCCACCGAGCCUCAGCGCUGAGCAAACAUCUGAAGAAACAUCAGCCUCGCCCCGACGUGCGGCCCUUCGCCUGCGCACACUGUGAUAAGAGGUUCUUCGAAGCCAAAGACCUGCAGCAGCACAUGAACAAACACAUGGGUCUGAAGCCCUUCCAGUGCCAGGUGUGCGGGAAGUGCUACAGCUGGAAGAAGGACUGGUACUCCCACGUGAAGUCGCACAGCGUGGCCGAGCCCUUCAAGUGUAACGUGUGUGGGAAGGAGUUCUUCGAGAAGGCGUUGUUCAGGCGACACGUGAAGAAAGCCACGCACGGGAAGAAAGGGCGAGUGAAGCAGAACCUGGAGAGAGAGUGUGAGCAGUGCGGCAGGAAGUUCACUCAGCUGAGGGAGUACCGGCGCCACGUCAACAACCACCAGGGUGUGAAGCCCUUCGAGUGCCUUACCUGCGGCGUGGCGUGGGCAGACGCUCGCUCUCUGAAGCGCCACGUCCGCACGCACACCGGCGAGCGCCCGUACGUCUGCCCGAUGUGCCAGGAGGCGCACAUCGACGCCCGGACGCUGAGGAAACACAUGGCCAAAUACCACGGAGACAACCUGCCGGGGAAGAUCAUGCUGGAGAAAGAUACGCUGCAGUUUCACAACCAGGGGACUCAGGUGGAGCACGCUGUCAGCAUCCUGGCCUCCGAGCUGCCUCCAGAGCUGAGACCGGCCCGGCAGCCGCCUGCCGAGGAGAUCGAGACGGUGCUGAUCACGGAGGAGACGGUGGAGGCGGUGCAGGCGGUGACGGACGGGUCGUUAUCCACGCUGUCGGAUCAGGGCAUCAUGCAGGUGGUGAACUACGUCCUCUCUCAGCAGGGGCUAACAGACCCCAAGCUGGAGGAGGAGGAAGAGGAGGGAAGGGAGGAGGAGGAGGAAGAAGUGGGAGAGGUGAUCGAGACGAUGGAGGUGGAGGUGGCUCAUGUGGCGGAGGAGGAGUAACUGAAUGAAUGUAAAAUGUAAAAAGAUUAAUAUUUUUGUAAAUAUGUUGAGGAGAGGGACUGAUGAUGAGUUCGUGACGUUGGCACUCAGGAGGAAUAAAAGGUAGAGAUGAAAACA